AUGUUUCAAGAAAAUCUUGGAACUCUUGGCAAAAAAUGGGAUACCCUUUGGGCUUUGAGCAGAGGUAGAAAGUGCUGUAGAAAUGAGAAAACUACUUUGUCGAGACCUGUUGUAGGUGCGGUGGUCUUGGUGUCGAUCCCAAACAGGGAUAAUUGCAGCGGGAAAGUUGUGGCAGUUGUGGCAUUGGGCGUUGGUGGCUCUGCUAGACCAGACCCCAUCCCAUCCCAUCCCACCCCAUACCCUCCUCUGUUCUCCCCAACUUCAUUGCCAUUAGACUUCCCAGUCUUCUCCAGAUUGCAGAAAAAGAGUGAAAUGACCAACCAAAGUUUGGUGAUUACUGAUGCAAAAUCAGGCCUUAAAAUGGCAAUUGCAGUUGCUAUGUCUGAAUCCAAUCUAUACUCAACCGCCAUGCCCAAGCCACUGGUCGCAACAAAUGGCUACUUUCCAAGAAAAAAGUUGAUUAAAAAUGGAGGAGGAGCCAAGAUUAUUGCCUUUACCGAUUCAAUGAGGGCUUCUUCGCCAACUCGUCGAGCCACUGAAACUGAAGAUCAAAAUUCUUGGAUUAUUCGUCUUCCAUCGGCUUUAAGCAUGUUCGAGGAUAUCAUGAAUGCUUCAAAAGGAAAGGAAAUAGUGGUGUUUCUUGAUUACGAUGGUACAUUAUCACCCAUUGUCGAGGAUCCUGAUCGUGCUUUCAUGACUAAUGAGAUGAGAGAAGCAGUAAGAGAUGUAGCCAAAUUUUUCCCCACAGCCAUUGUAAGUGGAAGGAGCAGAGCCAAAGUGCAUAAUUUUGUGAAAUUAUCAGAGCUUUAUUAUGCAGGGAGUCAUGGAAUGGACAUCAUGGGACCAACAGAAGGACCCAAAAACCAAAGAAAAGGAAAUCAAUCUGUCUUCUGCCAACCUGCCAGAGAAUUUUUGCCAAUGAUUGAUGAGGUAAACAAAAUUUUGUUGGAGAAAAUCAAAUUCGUCCCAGGUGCAAAAGUUGAAAACAACAAGUUUUGUCUAUCCGUACACUACCGUUGCGUAGAUGAAAAGAUUUGGGGCUCACUAGGAGAGCAAGUUAAAGAAGUGAUCAAGGACUAUCCAAAGCUCAGAUUGAGCCAAGGGAGGAAGGUGUUGGAGAUUCGUCCUGCUAUUAAAUGGGACAAAGGAAAUGCACUUGAAUUCUUGUUAGAGUCAUUAGGUUACGACAAAUCGGACAAUGUCUUACCAAUUUAUAUUGGUGAUGAUCGCACCGAUGAAGAUGCAUUCAAUGUUUUGCGCAAGAGAGGACAAGGUUUAGGAAUUCUAGUGUCUAAAGCUCCUAAAGAAACAAAUGCUUCAUAUUCUUUGCAAGAACCAUCCGAGGUUAUGUACUUCCUCAAACGUUUAGUGGAGUGGAAAAAAUCAUCCUUACUAGGACAUUAG